ACUCGAGUAAAGGGUCUGAAUUGCAGCCUUCUCAUGCCUUGUGUACUGAUCGAAGGCCAUUGGAACAGCAAGUUUAGUAACUAGUCUUUGCGUGGAGGCACACUUGUUGAUCAAAGUUCCAAUCAGGGUCUGUACCUGCAGACUAGCACCUAGCUUGGGCUGCUGCAGAUUCAUACAUCGACUGUACACGUUGCACGUUGGCGUUAGUUGAUUGGUUCUGUUCAGUGUCAAACUAGUACAGUUCAUAAAUAGAAUAGUACAAAAAUAAAUUAUUAUACUUUAAAGCUUAAUAAUUUAAAUUUAAAUUUAUUUUUUCGAGUUUAUAAUUAUUAUCAUACUUUUUAAGGAUUACCAAAUAAUUACUUUAAAAAAAAAAAAAAGAGUUUUGAAUUAAAUAUCAUCUUCAAAUUGGCUAAUUAAGUCCUUCAGUAUUUUGACCAAAAUGGCAGUCGGCGUGGCACUUGUUCUCUGCGGGCUUCUGGCCAUCCUUAGCACUGUUCAGGGUGGAGGAAAGACCCUGGUUCUCCUAGAUUCAAUGACUAUGCGAGAGUCGCAUUCGAUGUUCUUCAAAUCUCUACAGGAGAGGGGUUUUGACCUGACAUACAAGACUGCUGAUGACCCCAACCUGAAGCUAAGCAGCUAUGGGGAAUACCUUUAUGAACAUCUAGUGCUAUUUUGCCCAUCAGUAGAAGAAUUUGGUGGAGAUAUUGGAGAAAAUACUUUAACAGAUUUUAUUGAUGAAGGAGGAAACAUUCUUGUAGCUGGUAACGCAGAUAUAGGAGAACCAUUAAGAGAACUUGGAAGUAAUUGUGGACUUGAAUUUGAUGAAGAGGGCACAUCAGUUAUUGAUCAUCUUAAUUACGAUGUUAAAGAUGAAGGAUAUCACACAUUGGUUGUGGCAGAUUCAGAAAACAUGAUAGAUGCUGAGACAAUUGUAGGUCCAAAAAGCAACAAGCCUGUCCUAUUCAAUGGAGUUGGCCUUAUCGCCGACCCUGACAACCCCCUCAUCAUCGACGUCCUCCAUGCCUCGUCGUCCGCCUACUCACACAACCCACAGGAGCCUGUGGAAGAUUACCCCUUGGCUGUUGGCAAGAAUACCCUUCUUGUUGCUGCUCUACAGGCCAGGAACAACGCCCGGGUGGUCUUCAGUGGUUCCGUAGAACUCUUCAGUGAUGCCUUCUUCCAGUCGGCUGUCCAGAAGGCAUCGUCAGGCAGCAAGAAGUAUGCCGAGUCUGGCAACCAGGCCCUGGCGGUGGCCCUCUCUCAGUGGGUCUUCAAAGAGCAUGGUGUCAUCAGGGUUAGCCGUGUCACCCAUCACAAGGUUGGAGAGACCACCCCACCUGCAUCAUAUACCAUUGAGGAUAAAGUGGAGUACAACAUCUGGCUUGACAUUUUGGUCGAUGGCGAAUGGCGUCCUUUCUCUGCCAAAGAUGUCCAAUUGGAGUUUGUCCGUAUUGAUCCAUUUGUUCGCACUUCACUCAAGAGCAACAAUGGCCGUUUCUCCACAGUCUUCAAGCUUCCUGAUAUCUAUGGUGUGUUUCAAUUUAAAGUGGAUUACAAUCGCAUUGGCUACACUCAUCUUUUCAGCACCACACAGGUCUCAGUCCGUCCUUUUGAGCACACCCAGUUUGAGCGUUUCAUCCCGUCUGCAUUCCCUUACUACGCAAGUGCCUUCUCUAUGAUGUUUGGUGUCUUUGUCUUCAGUUUUGUAUUUUUACACCAUCGUGACAGCGACAAGAGCAAAAAGGAGUAAUCCACCUCUGUCUCUUUCACUUCUUUUCCUUGUUCUUUUAGAUAGUCCAUUCCUUUUCUUGUUUAUAUGCAUCCAGAUGUGGCAGAGGUACUUCUGUUUGGAAAAAGAAAUAGAUGUUUGUAGAGUCUAUUGGGGUCUUUGUCAACUUGAUACUUUUUAAAGUUAGAGUAACUCUGCCAACUCUGUUUGCAGUCUCUUGGAAAUUUCUUUAUAAAACACUCUUGUCAUAUUAAUGCAAAUAUAAUUAUAAAUAAAAUUGAGGAAGGGGAAAUAAGAAUGCAUUUUUUCCAUUCUUCAUUCUAACAUCUUUUGAAUAGUUAUAGAAGGGUUAUGAAUGGGUAAUGGGUGCAGAUAUAUUCUGAGCAGUAUUUUGGAUUGAAUUGAACUUGAAUUUGGACAAAUCAAGGAUUCAUCAUUUUUUCAUGUGAAUCAGCAUAUUCAUAGGAUGUAUUUUUUUCCAUUACAUACUUAUGCCCCACUUUGCUUCCAAUUUUCACCACGGCUGCUUUAUACAUGAGUGAGGGCAGCAGUUCAGAGUUAAAAAUUGACUCACCCAUUGUACUUUCAUUUUAUUUUUGUUUGGGAUAUGUUGGGUACAGGAAUUUUAUACUAAAGGAACUAUUUACUUUAGAAAACAUGAAUGUGCAGAUCUUACACAUUCGGUUCAUAGGAGUAUUAAUUGUGGUCCAGCAUUUUAAAUUGGACAAAACCGGCAAUAUCAGUUGUCAAAUAGGUCUUAGGAACAGAUUUGUAUAGGUAGUACUUUAUCAAGCCUCUCUUUGUACAUUUUGCUCUUGCUGUUACUUAAGAAUCAAGGUCACAGCAAUUAUCUUAUGGUUCAUCAAGCAAGCCUAUUAGCCAGGAUUCGUGAAGGCGAUUUGAAUUCAUGGUUUGAAAACAUGGUUUAUGCAGCUCUCGUGCAUUGCUCAUGCUUAAUUCAUUGCCUUAUUCACACUAAGGCACUGAAUAAAUAAUGCACGCUUUUAUCAUAGCGCAUACUACUCUAAAUGAACACUUGUUAUUAAGGUCAAGCCUAAAUGAGCCAACAACAGUUCAUGUACAUUGAUUAAUAUUAACAGUGGACUCACUAUUGAAAAAAAACACCACAAUUUGUGUGUAUCAUUUUUGCACGCUUCAAUAAAAGCACACAUUCUUUAUUUGAUGCUUUGUCAAUAUAUACAUGCUGACUUAAUCGACUAAAACAGUGGAUUUAAAACCAAAUAGGUGUUCUUUUUUACAAUUUGUAUGAAACUGUUAGCAAUGAGGCCAUUCUUUGUUGAAUUGUCAGGAGAAAGAUUGAGUUCUAGAAGAAGUACUUAUUUCGAUUGUUCAUGAAAUCCUAUGUAAGUUCUUGAUGAACCUCUUUGUGAAACAGCUCUGAGUCUGUAACAUAGUGAUUGACCGUGGGGCUAAAUUGUAUGAUUGAUCAUACACCACAUGUCAAUGCAAUUAAUCGUAUAAAUCGACCCCACAAUCAAUCGCUAAACUUCAUGUUACAGGCUCCUGGGUCCCGUAACACACAGAUUAGUGAUUAAUUGUAAGCUUGAUUUUCACGAUUGAUUGUACAUUGUAGUCAAUGGAAUCAGUUGUAGAAAAAUGAACUAUGAUCAUUGCUAAGCUUUGUGUUACGUCCUCUGGUGUACAUGUACCUCUCCUUGGUAGAAUCGGUGAAAUUCGGGUUAAUGUCUUUCUGAAGUAAGUUUGUGUGCACUGACAGGGACUGGAACCCUGUACCUUGUGAUGUAGUUUGGAGACCCAAACCAUGGGACAGCAAAAUUAUUCACAAAAUGUCUUGUGAAUAAUUUUCACUGCCAAAUUUCCUCUGAGCCAAUCAGCUGCGAUGGUUUUGGUAGCUUGUAACAAUUUUUCAGUAAAAAAUCACUGAUCAUGUCAUUUGUAUUAAUGUAUCAUGUGUCAUAUGAUCAUUAUGAUCUCAGAAUAUUGGAGGUAGGUGGACAUCAAUACUGACUCAUUUAGUGGAGUAGAAUUAUUGUCAAUGUUUGUGACUUUCCAUUGCUAUUUGUACAAUUUCUGUGAAGUAAAAUUGACUGGAACAUGCAAAUAAUUUUGCAUGUUUGUAUAAUUAUCAGCUUUUUUGGAAUAAAAAAUAUUUGCGGCAUGGUUGAAUUAAAAAAAAGGCAUUCAGUAUGUUUGUCUUUAUGGACAAGUGGGUUGUCCAAAGGAA